AUGGUGUGGCCGUUCCCGAAUGAGAUAUGGUUGGACAUCUUCCAUGGUCUGGCCGAGGGAGGCGAGUACGACACGCUGGAACGAUGCAGGGUGGUGUGCAGGGAGUUCAAGCCGAUGGCAUGGGAGUGCUUAGCAUAUGGCAUGACAUUCAAUGAUAUAAGGGACGUGGAGCGCAUCAAGGUGGAUGCUUCCGGUGGUAGGUUGCGAAGCUGGGGUGGGCCAAAGGAUGUGUCGAUCGAAGGCGGGAAUGGAGAAGACGGGCGGCGACCGAUUCCACAUCUGGCGACGUUCGCGUCGAGGUUCGCAGGGAGAUGGCCCCGCGUCGAGGAGCUGUUGAUCCACUCCGCCGUGUGGCGGGCGCGGGAUCUCGAUCUGGACGCCGUCGUGCGCGAUCUGGCCGCCUUUGCGAUCACCCACCUCCGCCUCGUCGACGUCACCUUCCCGUCGAUUUUGACGCUUGGCCGCCUGCUCUGCGCUCUCCCACGCCUCAAAUACCUCCUUCUCGAUGAUGUCCAAUUCACCCAGCAUCCCCUUGAUGCAGGCGCUAUCUCUCGAUUCCAUCUUCUACCGCACCCGCAGCUGGAGACACUCUACCUCGACCAUGGGCAUUACAGCACGAAACUGAGACCCUCCUUUGUUGAACUGAUCGACCUCAUGGUUGCCGUCAGUAACAGGAGGUGCCUAAUCCCUCCUCCCAAUCUUGCGCAAGCGUCCCCUUGGAGCGCCGUUCGAAGAUUGACACUCGGCCAUGUCACGUUUCCCUCGGUCACGACCUUUGCUUGCCUCCUGUGCGCUCUCCCUUCACUCGAAAGCAUCGAACUACCAGAAUCAUACGCGUUCGUGAAACACGGUUUUGACCCCAGAAGUGUUCCUGUGCACCCUGGUUUACCAUCACAUCUAGCAGAUGUCGACCUGGGAAACAACUUCCUUUUACGCUCGGACCCUUGUUCUGUGGCUGACCUUGUCGACUUUCUCAUCGCCAGUGGUCUCAGCGAAAAACUUCGGCGCAUAACUGCCCGUCUGUUCUCGUCACCCCGAGCCAAAGCAGCGUGCGACGCAGCUCUUGAUAGGCUCGUCAAACAUUCACAAUCACUCCGCCAUCUUCUCCUGCAUGCAAGUUCAGACGCCGAUGUAAGGGUGCAUGUAGAUCACAGUGCAGCCCCAUAUCUCGAUGUGUCUAAUAAUACAUGCCUCGAACGCCUUUAUCUCACAGUCGAAGUCGAUCACGAGAAUAUAUCACACCCGUGCACUCCGGCGGUUGAGAUUCUGUCACAGGUCACAUCCGCACAUAUAUCAAGCAUUGCACUCCAUUUCUGGCUUCGUAAUGACACCGGCGCAGGGCUCGACAUAGAUCUGGGAAAGCUGAUGGAUGGGCUCCCACAGCUUGAUGCCAUCUUCUCUCGGCCGAUCUUUGAUGAUCUCACCGACGUUAUCAUACACAUCAGCACGCUGAGGGGAUCGAAUGUACGAGAUAAAGAAUUAGCGUAUGACCUACGAUUGUGCUUGCCAACGCUUGAUGCACGCAGUAUUCUAGGCAUUGAGCUGAAUAAUGUCAACUUAUCCAGGAGUGCAGUGCACUGGGACGAAGAGACGUGUGGAUGGAGAAGCCAUAGGAUCAAGAGCGUGUCCGCACAGGAUGCCGUGGUCAGUCAUGCAGGGGCUGGUGCUGACGACGACAGGCGUACCAACAACGCUACCAGCGUUACAAUCCCGCAUGACGACUCAGACGUGGCGUCUGAAACAUCACAGCCCGUCUGGGUGCCGCCAGCCGUGUAUGCCGAUGCUGAGACACCUUCCUCGUCAAAUCCAACAGAUGCACAAGUACCUGCUAAUUCGGCGUGCGACGAUGAACUUGUACUGCAAAAUGCGACGGCAGGUUCGGUAACAUCCGUGGACAGAUUUGCGCCAGAUGAUCACGGUGACAAGUUAUCUGCGGAGCCAGAGACGCUUGUAUCGGAACGGAGCCCACUGAGCGUGCUGACUGAAGCACAUCUUGCUUGA